UCUCUUUCUAUCUCCAUGGAAAUGGUUUCCCCUCCAGGGGCUGGGCGGCGCUGUGCAAACGACACUUCCUGGCGGCGACGCGGCUCCCCGGAUGGCGGAGCUGGGCUCCUUUCGGCGAGAGGGAAGGCCCCCGUCCGCCUCGCCUCCCCCCGGAAGCGCCUGCGAGAAGGUGCCGGUGAUUACCAGGCCGCGGUGACCUGGCCUCAGAUUCGGGAAGGCGCCGCUUUGCUCCCGCUCCCUCUUCGCGUCAUGGCGGAGCGCGGCGCCGGCUCUUCGGAGCACUUGGAGCGGCUGCACGAGAUCUUCCGCGGCUUGCACGGGGAGCUGCGGGGAGCCCCCGAGAGACUGCGCGGGAGCUCGGCCGUUGAAGAGAAGAAGAAGUUGAUUCGAGAAUUUGAUGAAAAACAAAAAGAAGCAAAUGAAACGCUACGGGAAAUGGAAGAAGAACUGAAAUAUGCUCCAAUGUCCUUCCACAAUCAAAUGAUGGCCAAAAUUCGGACUUACAGAAGAGAACUUGCCAUGUUUCAAAGGAAGAUGAAAAGUACAGAUUUGGGAGUGGUUCCAGGAGGACAUGGAGACCCAAAAUUUGGAAUCUACGCCACAGAAAAUGAGCAGAGUACCCAGCUCCAGUCUCAGAGGGUGCUGCUGCUUCAAGGAACGGAAAGCUUGAACCGAGCCACUCAGAGCAUAGAGCGUUCACACCAGAUUGCUGCAGAGACAGAUCAAGUUGGUACAGAGAUCAUUGAAGUACUUGGGGAGCAGCGGGAGCAGUUGGACCGCACCAAAGGCAGACUGGUGAACACGAAUGAAAAUUUAAGCAAAAGUCGAAAGAUAUUGCGCGCCAUGUCAAGAAAGGUUAUGACAAACAAACUGUUGCUCUCCUUUAUCAUCAUUUUGGAGUUAGUCAUUCUGGGAGGUGUUGUAUACUACAAAUUCUUCAGGUGAAUCUUCUUGACACACACACAGCUGUUUUCAGGGCUUCCAUCUAUCUUAACGACUGUAUUACAAUCAUUGCCAAGGAACAGCUCUUCAGCAAUGAAAGGAGUGGAUUAUAUUUACUACAGUUGAAGGACAAUACUGGUGUGUUGUCAAGUCUUAACAGCAUGUUCGUUUGAGAAUGCUGCAGGGCUACUGAGAGGAAAUGUAUCUGUAAAGAAAGACAGAGGGCAGUGAAGGGGAUGGUAAGUUUUUGUAUAAUUGCAAAGUAAUAAACAUUCACCUAAGCCGA